AUGACAUCUCAACAACUAGUUUACUACGGACCCCGACCUUUGAAGCCCUUGAAUGAUAAGAUGCGUCAUGGGUUUGACGAAGAUUAUAACUCUGAAAACCUAUUAAGUCUAUUGGCAAAUACUUUCUACAUAUACUUUGAUGAUAAGAGGCAUAAUACUAAUGGCAAUCCAUUGCUGGAAGAGAUGAAGCGUAGUCCAGAGUAUGCGAAAAACUAUCAACCGAUAGCAGAUUGGAAAGUAAUGAAGGAGAGACAAAAGACAAUAAGCGCAGUCUUGGUUUUAUGUUUAAAUUUAGGAGUGGAUCCUCCCGAUGUCAUGAAGACGUAUCCUUGCGCGAAGUACGAAGCUUGGUGUGACCCAUCAUCAUUCGCAGACACUAAGAAAGCGAUUGAAUCGAUAGGCAAGAGCCUUCAGUCUCAAUAUGAGACCUUAUCUUUGCGUACUAGAUUUAAGCAGUCCUUAGAUCCUUGCGUAGAGGACGUUAAGAGGUUUUGCAAUACAUUAAGAAGAAAUGCUAAAGACGAAAGAAUUUUAUUUCACUACAACGGUCAUGGUGUCCCUCAACCAACAACUAGUGGUGAGAUAUGGGUCUUCAAUAGAGGAUAUACCCAAUAUAUCCCAAUAUCCUUGUACGAUUUACAAACUUGGCUCGGAGCACCGGUAAUUUUUGUUUUCGAUUGCAACAGUGCUGGGAACAUAGUUCACAAUUUCAAAAAAUUUGUCCAAAAAAGAAUUGAUGAUGACAAUGAAGGGAAUCAUGAUUCAAGUGCGCCUUCUCCAACCUCUGCCUAUUUGGAUUGCAUUCAACUAGCAGCAUGUAAAAGCAAUGAGCUAUUACCCAUGAGUCCUGAGUUACCUGCAGAUCUAUUUACUUGCUGUUUGACAUGUCCAAUAGAUAUAAGUGUAAAAUGGUUCAUAAUGAGAUCCCCGUUGAAGGACAGUUAUUACUCCAUGUUACCUAAAAAUUCAGUAGGAAAUGUUAUCAUUCCUGGCAAAUUAACUGAUAGAAGAACUCCAUUAGGAGAAUUGAAUUGGAUAUUCACUGCGAUAACUGAUACAAUAGCCUGGACCUCUCUUUCACGACCGAUAUUUAAGAGAUUAUUUCGACAGGAUUUAAUGAUGGCAGCUUUAUUUAGAAAUUUUUUGCUAGCAAAAAGAAUUAUGCCUCAUUUAAAUUGCAAUCCAAUAAGCGAUCCGCCAUUGCCAGAUUUGGUUCGCCAUCACUCAAUGUGGGAUUCUUGGGACUUGGCGAUUGACCAAGUCUUUACUCAGUUAAUUAAAUCAAAUCAAGUAGACCCUUACUCCGGCAUACAUUUUCAUAAUAGACAAGGCUCACAAACCUUAAGAAAUGGCACCGCCAAUAAUGAACCACUGAAUGCAAUGGCAUUGAAUGGCGUUCAAAGGGGUAGCACUGGUUCUUCAGCCCCUCAAAAUAUAGCUAAUUAUCAGCACUCAACUUUUUUUGAGCAGCAGUUAACUGCUUUCGAGAUAUGGCUCAAAUUUGCAGGACCAUCAACGAAGGAGUCUCCAGAACAGUUGCCAAUUGUAUUACAAGUCUUAUUAUCUCAAGUGCAUAGGUUAAGGGCGUUGAUUUUACUAUCGAAGUUUUUAGACUUGGGGCCAUGGGCAGUGUAUCUUUCUUUAUCAAUUGGUAUAUUUCCUUAUGUCUUGAAGCUACUACAAAGCCCAGCACAGGAAUUGAAACCUGUAUUAAUUUUUAUAUGGGCAAGGAUCAUGGCAAUAGAUUAUAAAAGCACUCAACAAGAGCUUUGCAAGGAUAAGGGAUACAACUACUUCUAUUUGAUUUUGAAUUCAAACCCUCUGAACCAAAUAGGGGCGCCAGGAGCACCUGGAGGUUUUACUGGAACGGCUGGAAGUGUUCUCAUUAAUGAUGACCACAAGGCAAUGAGUGCCUUCAUUUUAACUUUAUUUAUCAAAAACUUCAGAAAUGGACAAAGGCUCUGUUUUUCUGUAGAAAUUAUUAAUAAUUGCUUAAAGUUCUUGCAAACCAGCGAAAACCCGCUUCUCAGACAGUGGUGCUGCUUAUUGUUGUCUCAACUAUGGUAUAAUUAUCCUGACGGUCGCUGGAUCGUUUACAAGGAAGGAUAUUUAAAUAGAUUGUUAGGACUUAUUACAGAUGCCAUUCCGGAAGUAAGGACAUCAAUAGUAUUAGCAAUCACAAACUUUUUGAACGAUGAAACGCAAGCACAACAGCUGCGGUCACUGGGUAAUGUCACAGCUGAUUUAAGAAAGGAUGAAUUGAAGCAACAAGAUUUGAAAUUGGCCAAUGCAGUCUUAAGCUUACUUGGAGAUGGAUCAUCUAUGGUUAGACGGGAAUUGGUUUAUUUCAUAAACAGAUUCAUAAAAAUUUAUCUCAAAUUUUUCUUAGUUGUUUCUUUUAAUCAACUCGAAGAGGAAAUCAUUUUGAUUGACAACCCUAACAAUUUGAAUGAUUUCCGUAAGCAGUCACCAGCAUAUGGCUCAAUAUUCAGCUCAAUUUGGAAAUCCUUAUUAAUUUUAUCGGAGGAUCCUCACUGCGAAGUUAAACAAUUGUCCGAGAUUUUAAUAGAUAAGGUUAUGCUAAAAUUAAAUGACAGUGAGCUUGGACCGUUAGCAAGAGAGAUGCAAGAUUAUUUGCUAAACAAAUCGAGCAUUAAUAUUAAUGAGAACUUGAAAACAACGAAACCUAUAAUGAAUAAAAAGUUGGGUUCACCGACUGGAAAUGAGCAUAAGCGCCAAGUCUCCAGCGGAUCAAUUAUACAAAGACGAAAUAAUAUGCUUACUAUAAAUGGAUCAUCCAUUAAGACGAGACCUGCAUCAGCAAGUAACCUCAAUAGGAUCGAAGAGGACCAAAAAGACAGCGACACCAGCUCUAUUUCUUCGCGGAUCAAGAAUCUUACGCUUUCCAAAAUAUUCAAAUCAUUUAAUAUAAAUGAAGAAAAUGAUUUAAAGAAUUUCACUAAUAUGCUAAACUUUGGUCCAGUAGCAGCAACAUAUGGAUCAGAAUUUAGACCUAAAACACCACGUUUUAAAGAAAGAAAUAUAUAUGAAGACCCCGAGCUUCCUUCUGAUUCAGGAUUUUUUGAUUAUAGUUGUGAGUAUUUUCAAGAGCCUCAAAUGUCGAAGAAUGAAAUUGAUGAGCCCGGCUCAAAAGAAUACGUUGAACGUUUGUGGCGUCGAAAUAGAAACGAAACAAUUAUCCAAGAGACUCAACCUCAAAAGGGCCUAGCUGUUCGCGGUGACUGGGGCAAGAAGAUAAAUAUAAUGAACAACAAGUCUCAACCAAAAUUAAUCAAAUUCACACAAUUCGAAAAGAUACUAGCUGCAAGUGAUGAAAAAGACACCGUUUCAGUAUGGGACUGGGAGAAUAGCAAGAUUAUAAAGAAAUUUUCGAAUGGCAAUCCAUUUGGAACCAAAAUUACUGACAUGAAAUUUCUAAAUGAGGAUGACUUACCGUUAUUGUUGACGGGCUCGUCUGACGGAGUCAUAAAAAUAUACAAAUCCUUUCACGCCCGCGACGAGGAUAAUCAGAUCGAAUUGAUUGCUGGUUGGAGAGCUUUGACGGAUCUAUUAUUGACUUCAAAGAGUUCAGGUUUGAUAUCAGACUGGCAACAGUCCAGAGGGUCAUUGCUUGUGAGUGGAGAUGUCAAAAUUAUUAGAGUGUGGGAUGCGCCGCGAGAGCUUUGUUUGGUGGAUAUUCCUGCCCGAUCGACAUCAUCAAUUACUUCUCUUACAUCGGAUCAGGUUGCAGGUAACAUUCUAGUUGCAGGAUUUGAUGAUGGAAGUCUACGAGUCUAUGAUAGAAGAUUAGAUGCUAGAGAAUCUAUGGUUAAAAUAUGGAAUUCUAGACCCUACCACCAAGGAGGUCACCCAGUUGGAAAUAGCUCUAUCAGAAACGUGCAUAUGCAGAGAGGUGGAUAUAGAGAACUUGUAAGUGGAUCUUCUGAUGGCUAUAUUCAUUUGUGGGACAUAAGGAACGACGAACCUGUUUUGACUUUCAAUAAUGAACCCGAAAAAUCCAUGAGAUGUAUAGAUGUACAUGAGCAUGCACCAAUAAUCGUAAGUGGUUCCAAAUCUUUGAACAUUUGGACUACUUCCGGCGAUAGGUUGUCUUCUUUAAAGAAUCCACACGACAAUUACCUAUCUAACAGAACUUCCUAUUACUUAUCGAAUCUUGCUCUACACCCACACAGAAUGAUGUUAGCUACAAACUACAAUCAGGAUAGUAGCAUUAACGUAUACACUUGCACAGAUACUUUAACAGGCUAUUAA